GAAGUGCUUUCUGCCGUGGAUUCAGUGAACACGUCGGAAAGGGUUGAAAAAUUGGAAAACAAAGUAGGCAAACCGUUGCUCGUUGUAAGUAGGUCAAACAACGAAAAUACUGCGUCAGGAGAUAUUCUAAAAACUCCGAAAAUGAGUGCGCCCACCUACACUACCACAGACUACAAUGCAACAAAGGAAACUACGUUAAAAAAGUCAUCUCCAGCGAAACUGCAAACUGAAGAACAUUUAGAACACGUGCGGCCAAAAAACAACACUAGUCAGGUGAGAAGAAGAAUCUUAAAUCCUCCGGUUACAAAAAGUGCGAAACACAAAACAAUCUGUGUGUUAGGUGAUAGUCACGGCCGUGAAAUUUCCGCAGUGUUGAUGAGAACAUGUAGUUUCAAGGCAUCUGGUUUCAUAAAGCCAGGGGCUCCAUUGAGUGAAAUAACGGAUCUAACAACAUCAACUGACGUAGCUAGUUUGAAUAAAGACGAUUUCGCCGUGUUAAUAGGAGGAUCAAACGACGUCUAUAGAAACGAGACACACAAGGUGAUUACAGAAAUGAGGAAAUGUCUAAAUAAUUUAACCCACACAAAUGUACUCAUUGUGAAUAUCCCGCAUCGUCAUGAUUUACCACCCUGGUCGUGUGUGAACCGCGAAAUUAAUGUUGCAAACGAGUGUAUCACUGAAAUAUGCACUAACUUUAAGAAUGUCGAUAUUGUAGACAUAAACAGAUUGGAGCGAAGGUUCCAUACAGUCCAUGGACUUCAUUUAAAUACGCCAGGAAAGAAAUUACUAGCCGAAAAAAUAUGUACUCGCAUUUCGAAGAAGAGUGAAGAAAAAAGUAUAAGUGACAAACAAACGGAAAUUAAGAAGUGUUUUAUACGAGUUACAAGCUGUGCCAUCGGCCAAACGCGAAUUACCAAGUGGUUCAAACCGAUUAGGCAAAAAACAAUCAAUCAAGUCGUCAGCCAAACGAAAAUUACGAAAUGGUUUAAACCGAAGAGGACAGAUGUGGAUGAAGCAAAACUUAGGCCUAUACAAGCUCCAGAAGUUAACUCACCUGCUGAUUGCCACCAACGAACAGAAGCCACACACAAGAAACACACAGAAAAUUUUUUAGGCAGCAGUGGAAAUAGGAGUAGUCAUCACACCAGAAGAAGGCAGCCACCCUUGAGAAGUCAGGAUUUUUGCUGGGGCAAAACAGUGAACAACAGCACGUAACAGGGAAAUGUUUGCAAGCAGAGGAAUCUACAACAAGUUAUAAUCUACACUGAGGAUUCCACAACCUUAAUCAAGAUAUGAGCAUCAUCAGUAAACAUUAUUGUAUUUGCAC